AAUCUGGCUGACCGUGUCCGUGUCGCCAUCAACGCAUCUUUACUUCGACCUUACACGGAAGCAUGAAGACCCCAACGUGUCCUGUUUUCAUUGGACCACUUCAGCUCCCAACUUUUGCAGUACCUUCUAGAUCAUGACUUCUCUGCUUCUCCUUUUCUUCUCCAAACGCUCCUUCAAACGACUUUCCUUCUCUCCAUCUAUUUAAUGCCUUCUUGAACGCUAUCGUGUCUUUUCCUUUCUUCUCGCUUUCUCUCCCUUUCCCUCGUUGUUUUUGGGCUUUCAUUAAAAAUUUUAAAAGAUUUUUUUUUCUUACAUUGUUGAUUCGGAUCUGUUUUCCUGGCGUAGCAUUUUUUGAAGAUAAAAAAUGGAAUAUGAAGAUCAGAGUAAGGCCUUUGAUCCGAAAUACGAAUGUCUCUUAUUUGAUUUAGAUGACACUCUUUAUCCUCUGACUUCUGGUUUUUCCAAGGAAGUUACCAAGAACAUUCAAGAAUAUAUGAUUAAGACUCUUGGAAUAGAGGAGGAAAAAGUUCCUGAAUUAUGUGUUUCAUUGUACAAGCACUAUGGCACAACAAUGGCUGGUUUAAAGGCUAUUGGCUACAACUUUGAUUGUGAUGAUUUUCAUGGAUUUGUUCAUGGGAGAUUGCCUUAUACAAUGCUAAAACCUGACGCUGUUUUGAGGAAUCUCUUGCUUAGCCUGCCUGUUCGGAAAGUUAUUUUCACGAAUGCAGAUAAGAACCAUGCUGCCAGGGUGCUUAACAGUUUGGGAUUGGAGGACUGCUUUGAAGGGAUUAUAUGCUUUGAGACUCUGAAUCCCACAAACAAAGACAACUCUUCUGCUGAUGGUUUCAUCUCAAACAGUGAAAUUUUUUACAUCAGUAACUACAGUGCUCGUCCUGACUCUGAUCUUGAACUUCCAAGCACUCCAGUUGUCUGCAAACCAUUUGAAAAAGCGUUUGAACAAGUUUUUCAGAUUGCCAAAAUCAAACCCCAGAAAACGUUGUUCUUUGAUGACAGCAUCCGCAAUCUUCAGACUGGUAAAAUUAUGGGCCUUAACACCGUGUGGGUGGGAACUUCUCAUCGAACCGACGGUGUGGAUUAUGCAUUAGAGAGCAUUCACAACAUCAGGGAAGCAUUGCCAGAGCUGUGGGAAGCAGAUGAGAAGGAUGAGAACAUCCGGUAUUCUGGGAAGGUUUCUGUUGAGACAACGGUUAGAGCUUAGAUCUUAAACCAUAUAUAUAUUUGCCGUGCGUUCACCACUCUCUUUGUAACAUGUAACAGAGGGGAUCCUAGGAAUAAAAAUUUAUUAUCUUAUUUAAUUAAAUUGGUCUCU